AUGUAUGAUAGCUACAACUGCGGAGGCGAGGGUCACAUGAGCCGAGACUGCUCUGAGCCCAUGAAGGAGAACAAGUCCUGCUACAAGUGUGGCCAACCUGGUCACAUUUCUCGCGAAUGUCCUCUUGGCGGUGCUGGCGGCGCUGGCGGUGCCCAGUCCACUGAGUGCUACAAGUGCGGCGAGAUCGGCCACAUUGCCCGCAAUUGCUCCAAGGCUGGCGGUUCUUAUGGUGGUUCUUUCGGCGGCGGGUAUGGCGGCGGUGGUGCUGGAAAGACCUGCUACUCUUGCGGUGGAUAUGGCCACAUGUCCCGAGAGUGUGUCAACGGCAUGAAAUGCUACAACUGCGGCGAGUCUGGCCACUACUCUCGUGACUGCCCGAAGGAAUCGUCCGGCGGCGAGAAGAUCUGCUACAAGUGCCAGCAGGCCGGACACGUCCAGUCUGCCUGUCCCAACUAA